UCAGUAUGGCAAUUCUUUUGAUUUGACGUGUUAAUACGAUUUCCAUCCAGCAGUGAGAAUCAAAAUGACUGAGACCGCCGUCGAAGUUGCCGCUGUGACUCCAGUGCUUGUCACACCAUCGAAGACCCCGAAGAAGUCCAAAGCCGCCAUGGCAAGCCGGAUUGUUAAGAAGCUGAACAAGCCGUCCACCCAUCCACCAGUGAAGGAAAUGGUCAUGGCCGCCAUCAUGCACCUGAAGGAACGGAAGGGAUCUUCUUUGCAGGCCGUCAAGAAGUAUAUCGGCACCAACUACGAGUGCGACGUGCUCAGGCUGAACACCUUCAUCUUGAAGGCUCUGAAAAGUGGCGUCGAAAAGGGUACGCUGAUCCAGACCAAGGGAACCGGGGCGUCCGGAUCCUUCAAGCUGAAGGAUAAAAAGGCGCCCGUUGAGAAAAAGCCCAACAAGGCUGUCGGAGAGAAAAAGAAGGCUGUCAAAAAGGUGGCGGACGAAAAGAAGGUCAAGAAGUCGGUUUCCAAGAAGGCGACAGGUGAGAAGAAAACCAAAGGAGCCAAGGCUGCCAAGGUCACCUCUAAGACCGGAACAGUGGCGAAGAAAGCUGCUGCUUCCAAGCAGAAGGCCACAAAACCGUCCAAGGUCGCUGCCAAGAAGCCAAAGACUCCGAAGCCGAAGAAAAUCGCUCCAGCUAAGAAAGCUGCUCCGAAGAAGACUGCCGCCAAGAAGUAAGCCCAUGAUCGACGCCAUUGAAGUUUGAAGCAGAAAGCCGUUACAAAAAACAGUCCUUUUCAGGACUACGAAUUCUCUUUCAGUUGAGAGUUAUUUUUGGAAAACCCAUAUCAUUCGCCUAACCUACAAUAAUGUAUAUUGGAAAUCUGAUACAGUACUGAUAGCAAAAACUGAUAGUUUAAAUAGGUUGCAAAACAGUGACUAAUAGUAAUUGUGGACUUAUGGGAAACCCUGGAAUAAUACAAAAAAAUACCGGAAUCUGAGUAUUAUUCUAUGAAACCACGUGUUUUUUUGUGGAAUUUCAAGCAAUAUUGUUCCAGAAUAAGAGAAGUACGGAGGCGAAAAAGUCACCAGUUUAAAGUGUCGAUAAUGAAGAAAUGCAUUCAAUGGUGGAGCGAAUUCCUGUUUUUUAAAGAAAAUAUUGUUGAAAUUAUCGUAGUAUUUUCCAUAAAAAAACUUUCAGUAUAAUUAAUGAUGGUUACUAUAGUCUCUUAAACACGCA